AUAAAAAAAAAAAGGAGAGAGAAAAGAAAGAAAGGAGAGCAGACUCAUCUGGUCCAGCUGCCGCACUGAGUUUGUUGCUCUCAGCGCGUCGCCACAACCUAGAAGACAGCGAGCAGGGAAAAAUGGCCCAAAGUGAGAGGCAAAGAAGUUUGAAGAGUGAGGAGUUCUUUUUUGAUUCCGAGGCGUCUCUCUCGGAUCAGCAGGAUUUCGACUUAUCAAGUUGUUCCUUCAGUGACGUCUUCAACUCCAAAGACUCCCACAUGGAGCAGAUCAACACUUUUUUGAAAAAUGUGCAAGUCCUGCUGGAGGCUGCAGAGUUUCUCGAGAGCGCCGAGCGCAAGGACGGAAAGUGCGAACACGGAUAUGCCUCGACUUUCCUGUCUAAUCAGAGCACAAACUACCAGAGGCAGAGGAAAUUCCGAAACAAGAAGUUCAGCAGCAACCACAACAGAUCAACACAUAAUGAACUGGAAAAGAACAGACGAGCUCACCUGCGGCUGUGUCUAGAGAGGUUGAAGGCCCUCAUACCUCUGGGACCUGACUGCAGCCGCCACACCACCCUGGGCCUACUCAACAAAGCCAAAGCACAUAUAAAGAAACUUGAAGAGGCGGACAGGAAGAGCCAGUACCAGCUGGAGUCUCUGGAGCGCGAGCAGAGGCACCUCCAGCGUCAGCUCGAGCUGCUGAAGGGGGGCAGUGGCGCUGCAGUCCAGAGCAGCUCGGGGGAGGGCGAGAGGGUACGCAUGGACAGCGUUGGCUCCACCCUCUGCUCCGACCGCUCCGACUCUGACCAAGAGGAGAUCGAGGUCGACGUAGAAAGCACGGAGUUCUCCCAUGGAGAGCUGGACAGUGUGAGCACAGCCAGCACCAGCGACCUGGACGACCACAGCAGCCUGCAGAGCAUGGCCAGCGACGAGGGCUACUCCUCCUGCAGCGUCAAACUUGCCUUUUCCUCUUAAAGCCACCACCUCCACCCCUGCCAAACCUGCCUGCCCUCCUCUCCGUUGUUCUCCAUCCAGCCAUGCCAUCACCCCCGACGACGGCCUGAAUAACACCGCUCCCCUCUCUCCCUGCCAUGUGAGCCAUCCCGACCAACACCGGUACCAGAGACCCCCCGGCGUAGUGACGCAAGACUGCCAGGUGGUUCUUUUAAAGGGAGAUCAGAUACUUUAUGUAUUCCCAACAACAACAACGAAGUUAAUUUUACUUCUUUCUUUAUCAAACAUUCGCAUUUUUCAAAAGAUUGACAACCCCCAGUUUAACUCCAAAUGCACUUAUAAUAUUGAAGCUGUUCUUUAAUGAUCCUUUGAAACGCUCCGCUGUCGGGCUCAGAGCUGAUUUAACCACGGGGUGAGUCCUGCCAUAUAAAU